AUGGGCCGGUCGCGGAGCCGGAGCUCGUCCCGCUCCAAGCACGCCAAGAGCAGCAAGCACAACAAGAAGCGCAGCCGCUCGCGCUCGCGCUCGCGGGACAAGGAGCGCGCGCGGAAACGCUCCAAGUCGCGGGACGGCAAGCGCGCGCGGCGGCGGGAGUCGCGGUCCCGCUCGCGCUCGGCCACGGCCGCCGCGUCCCGGCGGGAGCGGGAACGGGAGCGCGCCGCGUCCCCGCCCGACCGCAUCGACAUCUUCGGCCGCACCGUCAGCAAGCGCAGCAGCCUGGACGAGAAGCAGAAGCGCGAGGAGGAGGAGAAGAAGGCCGAGUUCGAGCGGCAGCGGAAGAUUCGGCAGCAGGAAAUAGAAGAGAAGCUUAUCGAGGAAGAAACAGCACGAAGAGUGGAAGAAUUGGUGGCCAAAAGAGUAGAGGAAGAAUUGGAGAAAAGGAAGGAUGAAAUCGAGCGAGAAGUUCUCCGAAGGGUGGAGGAGGCCAAGCGCAUCAUGGAAAAGCAGUUGCUCGAAGAACUCGAGCGACAGAGACAAGCUGAGCUUGCAGCCCAAAAAGCCAGAGAGGAGGAAGAACGGGCAAAACGUGAGGAGCUUGAGCGAAUACUGGAAGAGAAUAACCGAAAAAUUGCAGAAGCACAAGCCAAACUGGCUGAAGAACAGUUGAGAAUUGUUGAAGAACAAAGAAAGAUUCAUGAGGAAAGGAUGAAACUAGAACAAGAGCGACAGCGUCAGCAAAAAGAAGAACAAAAAAUGAUUCUGGGCAAAGGGAAGUCCAGGCCAAAACUGUCCUUCUCCCUAAAAACCCAGGAUUGAAUCAGAAACUGAACUUUUUACAAGGAAAACCGGGAAAACUCUGUAUGGUAGCUUCAUGUUGAAGUGUUCUUUUGUUUUGUUUUUUAUUUUUAUUAUUUUUUUUAAUUUGGAAACUCUGGAAAGUUCGCUUGUUCCUAAUUGGGGCUGUGCUCUGCAAUUCCUUCUCGUCCCUUCUACUUACACAUACGUCGAAUCCUUACCAGACCGUCCGGUCUUCUCACAAGGGAGCUGCUUUUCACUUGGCCUGGAGUUGGGACUCGGCGGCCUGAAGAGGAGCAGAUGGCUUUGUGAGCUGGAUGGUCCGAUAGGGUUUUGAGCGCACCUCUGACUUCAGAGUAUUACUCUGCUCACCACCUCAUUAUGCUGGCCUUGCCAACUUUUUGUCUUUUUUAUAUAUUUAUAAAAAAGGGAAAAGUUGGCCGCUCCUGGGUAUCUGGAGCCGUGUGGCGUGGCAUCUGCCUGAGCGAGUCCCUGGGGCUCUUGCUCUUGGCGUUAAUCGACACAGGUAAGGAAACAUCAGUUCCCUGGACCCGGAACAGGCACACCAGGCACACGGCUCAGGAUUGUCUCUGUUGAGCUUGUUUGCAUUUUACUGACAAGAUCAAACCAGCACCCCCCCCCGUUAUGUAAAUAAAUGAUUUUUGUCGAAUAAAGUCGUCUUAAAUUCUUA